UCUAUAGACUCAAGUUAUCUGGUAUACGUUACUAAUGACGCACGUAAUUGUUUAAAAUUCAAUUAAGCUACUGUGCUAAUUUAUCCGUUAUUAUAUGUAAAAGCUCUAGCAAUGCAAACAUCGCACGCGCAACCUCCAGCUAAGUGGUACGGAAAAACAGUUUCCCUCAUUGCUCUGUCCACAGCUCAGUAGUGGUGCAACAGUCGCGCGGCGGAGACGUCCUUUGGACAUCUAACGCGAGUUAAAACCGCGUUGUUAUGUUAGAAUCUUCAAAAUGAGCUUUAAAACUUUCUUUAUAUGUGUGUUGAUAGUAUUUACAUUAAAUAAUGUGUCAGGACAAAAGGCAACACAGAACGUGGCGCUGGACUGUCCGUCACUGGAAAAAGGAGAUGUGUACACGCAGUCGGAGUUUCUCUCGCGGCUUGCACACGAGUGUCGUUAUGACCGCCUGCUCCUGCCUACUUACCAGACCGGUGAAGUGGUCUAUGUCCACGCUAGUGCCUACGUUUACUUCAUACAGCCCGCUGAAGCACACGAUUUGAAUUUCAAAUUGCACUUCCUUCUACAACUACGCUGGACGGAUGCGCGUUUAGCUUACGCGCUAUAUUCUCCGGAACGAACGAAGAUUAUCGGAGAGAGCGAUCUGAGGCAACGUAUCUGGGUGCCUCACUUGUAUAUGUCCAAUGAACAAUCGUCGAGCCUUAUGGGUACUGACAGCAAAGACGUCCUCAUCUCUAUAGCGCCUGACGGUGAAGUGCUGUUCAGUAGACGUAUGCAAGCUGUAUUAUACUGCUGGAUGAAUCUUCAAAAGUUCCCCUUCGACGAUCAAACUUGCUCUAUGAAUUUGGAAAGUUGGAAAUACAACGCUUCAAUACUACGUCUAAUGUGGGAGAAAGAUAACCCGGUCCGGCUAUCAUCAGAGCUACAUUUAACAGAAUAUUCGCUGCUGGAUUACUGGACGAAUGAAUCAGUAGUGCGAGGCGACAUUGUGAACAUGCGUUUGGGGGGAGGUAGAUCUGGCAACUACAGCGCCCUUAAGUUUACCUUUAAAUUGGGUCGUGAAGUUGGUUAUUAUCUGAUGGAUUACUUCAUACCUUCGAUGAUGAUUGUCGCGAUGUCGUGGGUCACUUUCUGGCUACAGGCAGAUGCCUCCGCUCCGAGAAUUACCUUAGGAACAAGUACUAUGUUGUCAUUCAUUACCCUAGCGUCAUCUCAGGCAAAGACGCUACCAAAGGUUUCAUAUAUAAAAGCAAGUGAGAUCUGGUUCCUAGGGUGCAUUGGAUUCAUUUUCUCAGCUCUCGUAGAAUUCGCAUUUGUUAAUACUAUUUGGCGAAGAAAGAAGGUAGUAAGCUUGAAGAAGGUGAACAGCAAGUACAUCUUAAAGAGCACGCUAACACCACGGCUAGCGCGGCGUGAGCUGCAGAAGGAGCUACAAGCUUCGCCGCAGCUCAGCAAGUCGCGGUCCUGCUCCUCGCUGCAGCAGGAGACCAGCAGCGACCCCGCCGGCCCUGGAUACAACAACUACCUCACUGUGCACAGUUUCCCGUCAGCGCUGAACUUGCCAACUAUAACGACGCAGAGCUACGACGACCUGAUAACAGGGCAAGGGGGUCAGAGAGCGGGCGGCAGCGAGGGGUCCGACGAACCCCCCAAGCACCACACGUGGACGACGAUGACUCCCCAGGAGAUUGCCACUUGGAUCGACAAACGUUCACGAAUCUUAUUUCCUUUGCUUUUCAUCUUCUUUAACAUCAUUUACUGGACUUUUGUUUAUUGUCUGUGAUCUUGAACUUUCAAUAUUUCUUACCUUCUCUAUAUAGACGUUUCCCGGUGGAUCGAUUGGCCUACCGAAAAAUUGGCCCUUUGGGAUUUCAUUUCCGAUUGGGUCGUUUAAUUGUAUGAAUUAAAUCGGCCCAAUGGUAUUUUUCCCGAACCAUACGAUCGGUGGGCUAAUCGGCCCAACGGGAAUCGCCCCUGUUAAAAAUGUAAGGUGCUAAAAGUAUUCUUCGUGCCUGACAUAAAACCACUGCUUCUUUGACUGCAGAAUUCUUGUACUAACUACGUCAUAUUCUAAUACUGUUGAGGUGAACGUUCUAGAAAUAAUACCUUCGAAAACGUCAUAUAAUAAAGUAUUUAAACAGUUAAACAGACCUAACGAUUUUGUUUACGAAAUGCUUCAUUUGAUACAAUUGAAUGGACUACUUUUUUAAACUUUUUUUUUAAUUAAAAAAGAAAGGACAUUACCAAUGUGAGACAUAGAGCAAACGCUAGUAGUAAACCUACAUAUUUAGGCUAUAUAUUUUAUCUUAUUAAAGUCGCAAGUACGCGAAUACUUGUUGAACUUGACUUUGUUUAAGAUUAUUAUUAUAAAUGGAAAUGACGGUAUAAAAUACACUUGUUUUACACCUUUUGUGAGCAUCCAUAAAGAGGAAACCUUAGAAAUUUAAAAAUAUGUUUUUUUAGUAUUUUUGUAUUUUUUAAAAAAUGUCAGAUAUUUAAAUAUAUAAGAUGAGCUAAACUAAAUAUUGAGUUGUAUGCCUACCUAAUUGAAAAUUAUAAAAAAAAAGUAUUAAAAGGAUUAAGAUG